AUGCCCCUCUUUUCAUUGGUUUUUGCUUCAAUUUUGGAAGCGUUUGCAGAAACGGAUAUGGUUCAGUUAAAAAAAGAAGCAAAUUUUUGGGCUUCAGGUUUUGCACUCCUUGCUGUUGUUUCUUUCCUUGCAAAUUUAUUUCAAUUAUCGAUGUUCAUGUGGGCAGGAGAACGCCUUACAAAACGUCUUCGAAUUUUAACAUUUGAGGCAUUUUUAAGACAAGAGAUAGGAUAUUUUGAUGAUUCUAAGAAUGGGACCGGUGUUUUAACCUCUAAAUUAGCAGUUGAUGCAACCAGGGUUGAAGGACUUGCCGGUUCUUUAAUGGGAGCAGUUAUUCAAAAUGUUACAAAUGUAGCUGUUGGAUUU